AUGGAUAAUGGAGUGGUGCUUAAUGGCAAUGGCCAUAAUAAUGACGAGGCCAACUGCAAUGGCAAAGACAGCGACCACAACCCCGAUCGCCGCCCAAGAGCUCUGAGAACUCCAAGUCUCAGUUCUUUAUCGCUGACCGAAUAUUCUACGAAUCCUUCACCGCCGAGCGCAACCCCGAAAUCGAAGACUAAAGGGGUUAUCCCAGAGGAGUUUCUACUGCCUAAUGGCUAUCCAGACUAUUUACGACUCAUCCUCACCUCGCGAGUCUACGAUGCGGUGGAGGAAACCCCCCUGACACUUGCUACAAAUCUAAGCAAUCGGCUAGAAUGCAAGGUCUUGUUGAAGAGGGAAGACCUCCAACCAGUCUUCAGCUUCAAGCUGAGGGGGGCAUACAAUAAGAUGGCGCAUCUAGAUCCCAAAGUUUGCUGGAAGGGAGUGGUUGCUUGUUCGGCUGGAAACCAUGCACAAGGGGUUGCCUAUUCAGCACGGAAACUCAAGAUACCUGCGACCAUUGUCAUGCCAAAAGGUACCCCAAGUAUUAAACAUCUUAAUGUGACCCGUUUAGGGGGGUCGGUGGUGUUGAAUGGGGCAGAUUUCGACGCUGCGAAGGAAGAAUGUGGGCGACUGGAGAAGCUUCAUGGUCUUACAAAUAUUCCUCCGUUUGAUGAUCCAUAUGUCAUUGCAGGACAGGGCACCAUUGGGAUGGAAUUGCUGAGACAGACAAACAUACAAAAGCUAGAAGCAAUAUUCUGUUGUGUUGGCGGAGGCGGGCUGAUUGCUGGCAUUGGGGUGUAUGUCAAGCGUAUAGCUCCACAUGUGAAGAUUAUCGGCGUGGAAACAUACGACGCGAAUGCGAUGGUGCAGUCGCUUCAGAAAGGGGAGAGGGUUGUCUUGAAGAAUGUCGGACUAUUCGCGGAUGGUGCUGCCGUCAAGACUGUUGGGCAGGAGACGUUCAGAAUAUGUCAAGAGGUCGUGGACGAAGUCAUCCAAGUCACCACCGACGAGGCAUGUGCAGCGAUCAAGGAUGUCUUUGAAGAUACCCGUUCCAUCCUUGAGCCCGCAGGAGCUCUCGCCAUCGCUGGUUUGAAGAAAUACGUCGCAGCACAUCCAUCGGCGGACAGCUCCAGGAACCUUGUCGCCAUCGCCUCAGGUGCCAACAUGAACUUCGACCGUCUACGUUUCGUAGCAGAACGUGCUGCUUUAGGAGAGAAAAAAGAAGCCUUGAUCAUGGUCACCAUCCCCGAGAGGCCUGGGGCGUUCUCCGAACUCAUCAACACCAUCAUGCCACAUAUGGUCACCGAAUUUUCCUACCGAUACGCCACAGAUGCCAGCGCAAACGUCCUCAUCGGAAUAUCCCUCACAUCUCCAGCGUUACAGCGAGACGAGGAGCUCUCAUCCUUGCUUUCUCGUAUAUCUGCUACCGGUAUGGCUCCCGUUGACCUCUCCGGUGAUGAGCUAGCAAAAUCACAUGUGCGUUAUCUAGUCGGAGGACCCUCUGGCGUGCCCAGUGAACGAUUAUAUAUGUUCAACUUCCCUGAACGGCCGGGCGCCUUGGAGAAGUUCCUUUCCACGUUAAAACCAAGAUACAAUAUCUCUCUCUUCCAGUACCGGAACGCAGGUGGCGAUAUCGCGAAGGUUGUGGCGGGUAUUCUUUGCCCCGAUGACGAAUUGAAGGAACUUGAGGCGUUCCUGCGAAAGAUCGGGUAUCCGUGGGAAGAUUGCACCAACUCGGAGGUUUUCAAGACAUUUUUGAGAUCCUGA